AAGGGUGAAGGAGAAAAAGCAAAUAUAUUUGACAAUUUUGUGUUUUUAGAGCUUACGGUCACUCACACAGCUCCACAGCAGCAACAAGAAGAAGAAGAAGAAGCAAGAAGACGAUGCAUACGCUGAGUGCUGCCUGCGCUUCCUAUCCUCUAUGCCGGAUUGUUUCGUUUGAAUCGUGUCGUCAAGCAUCGGAUAUGUUAUUGUUUCCUUGCAAUGUGAGAGAGCAGCUUGCCAAAGCAAGAAGGAUGCAUAAGGGAUAUCGACUCAAGGCUGGCUUUUGGGAAUCCAUUAAAUCCGGUAUUUUAAACAACAACACACAAGUAGUUGAACAGCCCUCCAUGCUCCCGGAAGAGGAAGAAGAAGAACCUCUGCCUCAAGAAUUAGUUCUCAUUCAGAAGACUGAACCAUAUGGAACAGUUGAAGAAAUAAUAUUUUCUUCUGGUGGAGAUAUUGAUGUGUACGAUCUUCAAGCCCUUUGUGAUAAGGUAAGUUGGCCUCGGAGGCCGCUGACAAAACUAGCUGCAGCUUUGAAAAAUAGCUACUUGGUUGCUUCAUUGCAUUCAGUUCGGAAAUCACCUGGAUCAGAAAGGAAUGACCAGAAGAAGUUAAUUGGCAUGGCUCAAGUUACAUCAGAUCAUGCCUUCAAUGCCAGAAGAAGUUAAUUGAUCCCAGCUAUCAGGUAUGCUUGUACAUUGUGUGUUGGACUUAAAGCACUAAUCACGUAACAUGUUUUCAUGAUUGUUACCCAUGACAUCUUUAUCGUUCAGGACCAAGGCCUCAGAAAGGCUCUUGUUGAAAAGAUGAUACAGGCUCUUCUGCGAGGGACAUCGGAAACAUUUCACUCUUUGCAGAUAGUCAGGGUAAAACAACAAUUAUUUGUAGCGUUUAGUCAAUUAUAAUAUCAUGCCAGUGUGCUAUUUAAGUUCAA